AUCUCCAUUUUGUAUGUUUCCCCCCCCUCAGAGGUUAGCGCCUACUUUCCUUUUGGCUGUGAACAGCACAGCUAAUUCCGUGCAUUUCGGACGCAAUUGGAUACCUAACACAUUGUAGUGGAUUGGAUGAUCCGUUCGAUUACUUGCUUCUUCGUGUCCUGAUACGAUUUGCAAGGAGAACGCAAUCGGAUGUUUUCGUGUUUCUAGCCGGUUUGCAAGCAAAACAACACCAAACAAAAACAACCAUGCAUGGAGUCACAACUACAAAACGCCUGAGGGGAUCAUAAGAUGGAUCAAGGAGGAGUGAAGAAGAGCAGGAGUAACAAGGACAACAGCCGAGUUAAGCUCCUUCUGGGCGAAACCCCCUUAGAGAGAACCCCUCUCACUGGUGCUCCCUGCAGUGCCAUGUCCGUUGCUUUGGCAACCACCACCACUUCCUUCCUUCCAUCCAGCCAGCUGAUGCAACCAGGUGACGUGCCCAGCGGACUCAGUAACAGCCCUCCUCCCUCAGGUGAGGACCUCGCCUCAGCCUCCGUCACGGCCUCCGUGGGCCUCUACCUGGAAGACCCAGAGCCUCCCACCACAAAGCUCCUGCCCCAACAGACUAAUACGUCCCUGGGUCUUGGACUCUUCACCCUUGGGGAUACCUACUCCCGCCUGGAAGACAGCAUCGCUGACUUCCACCGCUCCUCACCCAGCAUGGACUCUCUGAUCGGGGGCUCGGACCCUAACCUGUUCCCUAUGUCCAUGAGGACAGAGACAGACUUCUCCCGGGACCAGGACCUUAUGGAUAUGGACCAGGAAGGGUACAUUGGAAAAGACCAGAAACUGUUCAACGACAACACCCUGGAUCUCCUCCAGGACUUUGAGUUGACAGGCUCCCCCUCAGACUUUUACGUAGGGGACGACGCUUUCCUCUCCUCCCUGGCUGAUGACACUCUGCUGGGGGAUGAGAGCCAGGAUCGUGGGGUCUCCAACUCCACCUCCAAGCCAGCUGCUACUACGACCAAUAGUGGUGGUUUUAGCGGUUCCAACACCACCACGUUGAAUGGUAGCAAUCUACUAACAUGUCAGGAUGAGUCCAACUCCAGCACCCCUAUGACAGGCAACUCCCCGACCCCCAACACCUUUCCCGUGGUGAAGCUCGAGAAGGAAUCUGGCUUCAUCCAGCUGUGUACUCCAGGAGUGAUCAAACAGGAGAAGACCUCGGCCAUUCGUAGCUACUCCUGCCGAAUGAGUGGUAGUACCGGCGGCUCCACUUCCUCCUCCCCCUCCGAGCUGUCCACCGCCAGCCCCAUCUCCAUCUGUGGGGUGAGCACCUCUGGAGGACAGAGCUACCACUUUGGAGUCAACAGCAGCAUCAACACCCCCUUGGCUUCCACUACCAGUGGAGCUUCUCCGCAGAAGGACCAGAAGCCCUCUGUGUUCAGCCUGUAUCCUCCGUUGGUGACCGUAGGAGAGGCUUGGAACAACAGUAGCUAUGGGGACGGAGCUUCUGGAAUGCAAGGUCUCUCCAGCCCUACCUCCUCUUUCUCCAGCAGCUUUGAAAGUUCCACUUCCAGGCAGGGUGGUGGCGCUGCGUCGUGUACAACCCAGGGCAAGGCCGGGACCGCCCAUAAGGUCUGUCUGGUGUGUUCAGAUGAGGCGUCCGGCUGUCACUACGGGGUGCUCACCUGCGGAAGCUGCAAGGUGUUCUUCAAGAGAGCCGUGGAAGGUACGGUGGCAAGGGGGCAACACAACUACCUGUGUGCUGGGAGGAAGGACUGCAUCAUCGAUAAGAUCAGAAGGAAGAACUGUCCAGCCUGCCGCUUCCGCAAGUGUCUCAUGGCAGGGAUGAACCUGGAAGCUCGUAAAACCAAGAAGCUGAACCGUUUAAAGGGGGUGCAGCAGCCCACCAUGGCCGAGCUGACCCCCCGUCCGCUCCCAGAGGCCAGGUCGCUGGUCCCCAAGUCCAUGCCCCAGCUCACCCCCACCAUGCUGUCUCUACUAAAGGCCAUCGAGCCAGACACCAUCUACUCUGGCUACGACGGCACCCUGCCAGACACCUCCACACGCAUCAUGACCACCCUCAACAGGCUGGGGGGGCGGCAGGUGGUAUCAGCCGUGAAGUGGGCCAAGUCUUUGCCAGGGUUCCGGAACCUUCACCUGGACGACCAGAUGACUCUGCUGCAGUGUUCCUGGUUGUUCCUCAUGUCCUUCGGCCUGGGCUGGAGGUCCUACCAACAGUGUGACGGGAACAUGCUCUGCUUCGCUCCAGACCUCGUCAUCAACCAGGACCGUAUGAAGCUGCCCUACAUGGCAGACCAGUGUGAACAGAUGUUGAAGAUCUCCAGUGAGUUUGUCAGGCUGCAGGUGUCUCAUGACGAGUAUCUGUGUAUGAAGGUUCUGCUGCUGCUCAGCACCGUGCCAAAGGACGGUCUGAAGAGUCAGACAGUGUUUGAUGAGAUCAGGAUGUCCUACAUCAAGGAGUUGGGGAAGGCCAUCGUCAAGAGGGAGGAGAACUCCAGCCAGAACUGGCAACGCUUCUACCAGCUCACCAAGCUUCUUGACUCCAUGCACGAGAUGGUUGGUGGGCUGCUCAACUUCUGCUUCUACACGUUCGUCAACAAGUCUCUGUCGGUGGAGUUCCCAGAGAUGUUAGCAGAGAUCAUCAGCAACCAGUUACCAAAAUUCAAAGCCGGGAGCGUCAAGCCCCUCCUCUUCCACCAGAAAUGACUGUGUGGUGCUUCCGCCACCAAGACACAAUGCCUUAAAAUCCCCUCACCUUUCACCUGACAGAGGGAGACUGGGAAGAAGAGAGGACAGAAGAGGAGAUGCUGUUUUGGGAGAAAGUAUACAAAGUACAAGGGUUUGGGGAUUUGGGGAUGAAACAUGGAGGAGGAAGGAGAGAUUUGUCAAGAGGCAGACAACGAGAGGGAAAGAGCACAGAGGUUUUUUUUUUUUUCGUUUAACAUCUAUGAUCCAGUAUGCAGUAUAACAGUAGAAAUAAAUGUCUUACGUUUAAAGAUAAUCAAGGAUUGAAAUAAACUAACCAUGUUUUCUCAGGUGUAUCACCCUCAGAAUUGAACAAUAUCUAGAUUAAACCAGUAUCUAUGUACAGAUUAUUAAGAUGGUAUUUUUUACAGUCACAGGUUUAUACAGUUUAUUAUACAGGUAAUUUCUUACCUCAGCAAAGGUAACACUAUAACUCUUGUGAGGUUUAGCUACUGGGUAUUACUCUACCUACUGUCGUGUUUAGAACCUGGUUGUAACAGAGUUGAUUAUCAAGUCACAUGACAUAAAACCUCUCCUUUUGUUCGUAACUGUCUUUACAAAAGCAUGUUUGCAUAGCUUCUUUUUUUUUAAGUCAGGCAUAACAUUAUGAAAUUGUUUUUUUGUUGUAAUGUAAGCGUACAGUACACCAUUCACAGAACUAUCUUUGUCUACGUUUAGGCUACACGCUGGCUGCCAGGUUUACACACACACACACCGUCGAUCAGAAAAAGGGAGAGAGAAAAAAAGAUGUGCCUUUUUUAGCUUGACGUCUGAUUUUAGCCGUUCUCUGACUGUCCGAGGAUGUUCUUCUUACACCAUCACGGUUGACCCUCGGUGUAUGUGAUUGUUUUCUUCCUAUUACAUGCAGUUUCAGUCAGUUUUCCUUUUUAAAAUGGCUGCCGUGUUUGUCUGUUGCUAUUGCAGCUCGGUUAUGGAUUCUCAAUGUGAGAUCAAUCGAUCUAAUAAUACUCCCAAUCUACAUACGGUAUUCCCUUCCUGAUCUCUUGUUCACGUCUCUAUUUUAAAUACUAUUUUAGCACUAUUCCCCCCCCCCUCUACUAAACUGAGAGAAUGUGAAAGUAAGUAGUAGAAAAGAUAUCUUUAACUCUAUUGGAUGUUUGUAAAAGGAAGCUAUUAAUUGUCACCAUUGAACUUGUUAUUUUUGUCAGAAAAAUGUAACUGGGUCUUUCACUAGGCAAGUCAGUUAAGAACAAAUGCUUAUUUACACCGACGGCCUACUGGGGAACGCACAACAGAUUUUUACCUUGUCAGCUCGGGGAUUGGAUCCAGCAACCUUUUGGUUACUGGCCCAACGCUCUAACCACUGCCGUCAGUCAGUGAACUUCUUCCUGUUGCUUUUGUUUUAACUGUUGUUUUGCUAGUCGUUUUUUUUUGCACAUUGUCAUUGUUGGAAUGUGUCGGAGGGAGAGAAAUGCGUCAGCCAAUCAAAAAUAGAGAGUUUGAGAACGCAUCGGCGGCCCCAAAACCAGGCCGGUUGCUAUGGUUUCCCUAACCGUAAUAUUUGAUGGGAGUAUGGCAGUUCUUGAAUUUAGUUGUACAGUAGUUCUUGGUCACUUUAGGAAAGGCAGAGGGCUUCAGUGUUUGUCCCUCAAUACUCUAUAUGCUGCUUUCUGUAUGAACACAGGUGUGUUUGAAUGGAUAGUAGAGUGGUAUGUGAAUGAAACAUGGGUAACUUGUCAUUAUUGAUCCCUAAAGAGUCACUUAUGUUCUGGCAACAGUGACAUGUCACUGACAUAUCCGACAAUUUGACCAUUUUACGAGACAAACCAGCGAUUCACAGGGGUUCCAGAGAACUGAUGGACCGUGUUCUAGGACAACCUCUUAACCCACUGAGGCACCUUGCUUACGUCUUAGCUCUUUGUGUGUGUUUUACUAAAAACGUUUUCCAGUAAAGCACUUAGUACCAACAUCCUUCUCCGUCAUCUUGUGUUAUGCACUCAAACUGUUGUGUCGUCCCAAAUGACACCCUUGUUCCCUUUGUAGUGUGUUACUUAUGACCAGAGGAGGGCUCUGGUCCAAAGUAGUGCACGAAAUAGGGAAUAGGGUGCCAUUUGGGACGUAGCUUAGUUGAUGGAGGGCAUAUCUCUCCAUCUUCUGUCCUCUGGGAGUUUCAGUGCCAAACUCAAACUUUCUCUUUGUUUUCAGGUUUGGAAAACAGUCCUCGUUUUAACAGUUUAUUUCAGAAAAAGAUGAGGGAGAGAUAAAAAAAACAACUUAAAGCACUUAUGUCCACCGUGGAUUAUUAAAGAAACUAAAACGGUGAACUAUUGACCUUUUUUAGUGUUUUCAUCCACACUAGAGAUUCCCUAGCAUAAAUAUAGAUAGCAGGUUGACCCUUUAAGUCGAACAAAACCUUUCUAUACACAUGUACUUAGGUAGUUUAAUGAGUCCAACAUGAAUUUGUAAUAUUUUAUGAUUUUGUCAUCAUGUUGUCACCAAAAACAUUUUCCUUCUUUUCCAUUCAUGUUUUGCUUCUGUGCAAAUUUUUUUGUUCUUUCUCCCGUGAAACACAAACCAACCCAGGUAUCAAAAUGAAUGUGAAUCUCUGUACUAGGUCAGGCGGGGAUGACUUAAGUCCUGGAGGGAGGGCAUAGUGUCUGCUGGUCCUGGAGGGAGGGCAUAGUGUCUGCUGGUCCUGGAGGGAGGGCAUAGUGUCUGCUGGUCCUGGAGGGAGGGCAUAGUGUCUGCUGGUCCUGGAGGGAGGGCAUAGUGUCUGCUGGUCCUGGAGGGAGGGCAUAGUGUCUGCUGGUCCUGGAGGGAGGGCAUAGUGUCUGCUGGUCCUGGAGGGAGGGCAUAGUGUCUGCUGGUCCUGGAGGGAGGGCAUAGUGUCUGCUGGUCCUGGAGGGAGGGCAUAGUGUCUGCUGGUUACUUGUCCUAACUCCUGGCACGUAUUUAAUCCAUUACUUUUAAUAGUUGCUCUGAGAGGGCAACAUACCUGGUUAA